AUGGCCGAAGAGGUGAGCUAUGAUGUUGUGGUCACGGAUCCUGACAUUGCCAAGUUCUCAAGCAUCGUGAACUCGUGCGAUGUGCUGAUGCGUGUUCAUGGAUCAGCGCUUACCAACAUGGUGUUCCGUCUUGGAAACGCUGCGGUGAUCCAAGUAGUUCCAUGGGGUAAUCCGGACUGGAUUGCAAGCCACUACUUCAGGGUACCAUCCAAGCAAAUGAAGCUGAACUACAUGGAGUACAGUAUAAAUGAGGAGGAAACUACACUCUCCGAACUGUGUCCCAGAGAUCAUGCAAUUUUCAAGGUCCCCAAGUCACUGCAUCCUCAAAAAGCAGAUUGGGAUACAUUUUCCAGGAUUUUCCUGAAAGAACAGAAUGUGAAGGUUGAUGUGAGAUAG